GGUUUGUUGCGGAGCUCGCUUCCUCAGCAGCGCCCUCUGGCGACGACAGCCACAGAAACACCUGAGAGCGGGGAAGGCAAAGGCCCGACCUCUCCGCCAACACGACGGCCAUCUUGCGGCUUUAAGACGACCCCAUGAAGAAGGGGAGCUGCGGCUCCAGCCUCGCUCCUGGGGAGAGGCGCUUGGACAGGAAGCACGGGCCUCGCUUCGACUCGGAGCAGCCUUGCUACCGCCGCUGACUGGCGGGGUCUUUAUGACGCCAUGUUGCGCUCCCUCAGGGGCCUCCUCAGAAGCGCCACCCCCGCCUCACCUCCCGGCAAGAGGCUGAAGGGCUCCGGCCCCGAGGAGCCCGCCUUGACCCUCCGCUUCGCCAAGCUCUCCGAGAACGCCGUCGCGCCUUCCAGGGGCUCCUCCCGGGCGGCCGGUUACGAUUUGUACAGUGCCUAUGACUGUGAGAUCCCUCCUUUGGGAAAGAGUGUAGUAAAAACAGAUAUUCAGAUCUCUCUUCCUUCUGGAUGCUACGGUAGAGUAGCUCCACGGUCUGGAUUAGCUGCAAAUCACUUCAUAGAUGUUGGUGCUGGGGUUAUUGAUGAGGAUUACCGAGGAAAUGUUGGUGUAGUACUGUUCAAUUUUGGAAAAGAAACUUUUAAAGUUAAAAGAGGGGACAGGAUUGCCCAGCUGAUCUGUGAACGCAUCUACUAUCCUGAACUUGAAGAAGUCCAGGUUUUGGAUGACACAGAACGUGGCUCAGGAGGCUUUGGAUCCACUGGCCAGAACUGAGGAGAUCCGCUGGCCAGAACUGAGGAGAGCUGUUACAAAUCAUGAAUGACUUAUUGUAUUUUGUAUAAAGCAUUUUUGUACAAAUAAAUCUUUUUCAAGA